AUGACGGCCCCAGAAUACCCAUCCGCCACAAUCCUCCCUUCAACUUCCACUACUACCACCACCCCAAACAUUAACAUCAACAAUACUACACCAACCUACACACCCCCCCUCCUAACCGCCACACCUUCAAAAGGUCAUAUCCACCUAAUCAUCGGAUGUAACGCUCUAGCCGGCGCCCGAUGUACUCGAUCAUUAGAAGUCGGUGCUUUACCCACAGUUAUCUUCCCGGAGGCAUUAGAUUCCGAAGAAGUACAUUUGGGAUUGAAGAAAAGGAUUGAAGAUGGAGAAGUUGGGUUUGUGAAUCGAGGGUUUGAAGUUACGGAUUUGAAAACCUUGGGGAGGGAGGAGGUUGAGUAUUUUGUUGAUGCGGUUUUUGUUACUGCUGGUUUUGGGGGGGUUGAUGCAUCGAUGAUCUCGAAAACUUGCGCUAGACUUAGAAUCCCAGUUAAUGUGGUUGAUUCGACGUCACUCAGUACUUUUACAUUGUUAUCGACAUACUCGGACGGUCCGUUACAAAUAGGUAUCACAACUUCUGGGAUGGGUUGUAAACUAGCCAGUCGGUUGAGAAGAACCGUAGCAAGUGCUUUACCCGUGGGGAUUGGGGGUGCUUGUGAGCGAUUAGGGGGGUUGAGGAGAAGGGUUAUUGACGAGGAUCUUAAGAAGUCUUCUCCUUUUCCUCCUCCUCCUUCUUUCAACUCUACUGAAGUAGUAGUAGAAAGGAGACCGAUAGAAGAAGAGGAAGAAGAUGACAGUACGGAUCAAAAAUCUACGUUUAACGCCUUAAUCCAACCAGACGAUCUCGAAUCCCAAAAAUCAAGAAGAAUAAGAUGGUUAUCCCAAAUCUGCGAAUACUGGCCUCUUCAAAAACUAGUCGACCUAACAGAAGAAGACAUAAACAACCUCUUCGACGAAUACUCCACUUCCACUUCAACCCCUCCCACCUCUUCUACCCAAGAAACGGAAACAGAAAAACCAAAGGGUACAAUCUCCCUAAUAGGCUCAGGCCCAGGCAACCCCUCCCUCCUCACAAAAGCCUCCUUAGACGCCCUCCUCUCCGCCGACCUAAUCCUAGCCGAUAAACUCGUCCCCUCCCAAAUCCUCGCUUUAGUCCCCCGCAGGAGCACCCUCUUCAUCGCCAGAAAAUUCCCAGGAAACGCCGAAGCCGCGCAACUAGAACUCCUAGAAAAGGGUCUGGAAGCAAUCCAAAGGGGGCAAAAAGUCGUAAGACUAAAACAAGGUGAUCCGUACAUCUACGGCCGUGGAGCGGAAGAAUACCAAUGGUUUGAAAAGAUGGGGGUUAAAAUAGAGGUUUUGCCGGGGAUUACUAGUGCGUUAUCGGCCCCCUUAUACGCGGCUAUUCCAUCGACUCAUAGGGCUGUGGCGGAUCAAAUACUUAUUUGUACUGGAACGGGGAGGAAGGGAGUUCCACCUGAUCCACCGGUUUAUGUAAAAUCUCAGACUACGGUGUUUUUGAUGGCUUGUCAUAGGUUGGCUUCCUUGGUUGAGGGGUUGGUUAAGACGAAAGGUUGGCCCGAGGAGGUUCCGUGUGCGGUUAUUGAACGUGCUAGUUGUGAGGAUCAGAGGGUGGUUAGGAGUACACUGAAGAAUAUUGUGGCGGCGAUAGAGGAGGUUGGGAGUAGACCGCCGGGAUUGUUUGUGGUUGGUUGGGCUUGUGAGGUUCUUAAGAAGGUCGAUGGGGCGUGGAGUGUCGAGGAGGGGUUAUGA